UCACUGGUGGGUUUCCAGCUCGUUGCACUGCCAGCGGCCACAGCUUCACCAAUGGUCCUCCUUCACAUGGAAUAAAAGGGAAUGUAUACUAAUAGUAAAAGUAGCAGCAGACACCUCAAAUGAUGGUUAAGUUUCCAGCAAAUGGAUCUACUGUGACCUGGUUUUGACUUUGAGUUGAGGUGUGUGUGUGUGUGUGCGCGUGUGUGUGUGUGUGCGUUCGUGCGUGCGCGUGCCUCGCUCUCCACACUCCCUCACUUCUUCCUCCGCCGCAUCCCAUCAUGACUCCAGAAGCGACACCCGCCUCCACGCGCACAGCAUCCCGCCGCUGACAACCUACAACUCGCUGUAAACCCCCGCUGUGCCGGUCGCGUGCUCCCGGGGGGGGCACAGCGGUUCUCUGGCUUUAGGGGACGGGGGGGACCGGAGGCUGUUCGUAGACUCCCGCGGUCCGCAUGGAUGUGGCAGCGGCAGGGGGGACGUCUCUGCCGGGCGUCCGACUCCGGAAUCGACCGAUGCAAGUGAUGCCGAACCAGAGGAAGGUCAAGGCGAGGCGGAAGAGACGAAAGGAGUUGCUUUUAAUCCAGAUAUGUUUGUUCGGCGGCUUGCUGCUGGUCGUGAAGGGGCUUUCCUACUUUGCGGAGCAUUCAGGUUUUCAUGUCUCCAGCCACGGCAGCGACCACCAGGAGAGAUGGGGCGGGAGAAGAUUACUGCAGGAAACGGACAACAGCAGCCUGGAGGAAAUGGAGAAGGAAGAAUCCAAAAACUGCACUACUCCAGCUCUGCACGAGUUCCCCACAGACCUGUUCACCCACCAAGAAAGAACAGAAGGAGCCGUGGCCCUGCAUGUCCUGUGUACCAUCUACAUGUUCUGUGCCCUGGCCCUCGUCUGUGACGACUACUUUGUGCCCUCGCUGGAGAAGCUGUGUGAGCGGCUCGACCUCAGCGAGGACGUAGCAGGAGCGACCUUCAUGGCCGCUGGCAGCUCGGCUCCUGAGCUCUUCACCUCCAUCAUAGGUGUGUUCAUCACCAAAGGUGACGUGGGUGUUGGGACCAUCGUGGGUUCAGCUGUCUUCAACAUCCUCUGCAUCAUCGGUGUGUGUGGCUUUUUCGCCGGCCAGGCAGUGAAGCUCUCUUAUUGGGCUCUUCUCCGAGAUUCCAUAUUUUACACCUUUUCUAUCAUCGCCCUCAUUGCGUUCAUCUACGAUGAGAAGGUGUGCUGGUGGGAGUCCCUUGUCCUGAUUCUCAUGUAUGCAGUCUACAUCCUCAUCAUGAAGUUCAACGGUAGGGCGCAUCGCUACUUCGACCGCCGAAAGGGGGGCUCUGGGAAUUUGUCCAACGGGCUGACAGGAAGUACUGAUCUGGAGGAUAACGUCUCGUGUGAUGCUACGGCAGUGCUGUUAAAGAAAGCGAACUUCCAUUGUACGCCGUCUGUGCUGAUGGUGGACGAGCUGCUGUCUGCGUACCCCCACCAGCUGUCCUUCUCCGAGGCCGGCAUGAGGAUCAUGAUCACCAGCCACUUCUCCCCCAGAACCCGCCUCACCAUGGCCUCUCGCAUGCUCAUCAACGAAAGACAAAGAGUGAUCAACACCACUGAGACUCAAGUCAACUGCAUCAACGGCGACCAUGAUUCCGCCGCCAGGGCUCAGGGGAGGCGGGGCUUAGGGAACGGGAUGGGUGGAGCUGAGCAGGGUCUGAACGGGAGGUGUAGACUUCAGCGCCUGGAGUCUGCCAACAAGCCAGAAAACGAAAAUGAGGAUAAUGAGAACAACGAGAACGACGGGGAAGGAGAGGGAGAGGAUGACCAUAACGGCCCGCUCGCGCCUUUCAAAGUUCCAGCCGGGGCCUUCAACAAGCUCAAGUGGCUUACAAUGUGGCCGCUGUCCCUGCUUCUGUUCCUCACCGUGCCCAACUGUGCCAAGCGGCGCUGGGAGAGAUGGUUCAUGGUCUCCUUCUUCACCGCGACCAUGUGGAUUGCUGGUCUUUCCUACAUCAUGGUCUGGAUGGUGACGGUGAUCGGCUUCACUCUGGGAAUUCCAGACGUCAUCAUGGGCAUCACCUUCCUAGCAGCAGGCACCAGUGUCCCAGACUGCAUGGCUAGUGUUAUAGUGGCACGGCAAGGUAUGGGAGACAUGGCCAUCUCCAACUCCAUCGGCAGCAAUGUGUUCGACAUCCUGGUGGGCCUGGGCCUGCCCUGGACUCUGCAGACGCUCUGCAUCGACUACGGCUCCAACAUCUAUCUCAACAGCAGAGGACUCAUAUUCUCCGUUGGACUCCUGCUAGCUUCAGUAUUUGUCACAGUCCUUGGCGUCCAUCUGAACAAAUGGACUCUGGACUGGCGACUGGGCCUGGCCUGCCUCAUCUUGUACGCCGUCUUUCUGUGCUUCUCCAUCCUCAUCGAGUUCAACGUCUUCAUCUUCGUCAACCUCCCCAUGUGCAGAGACAUCCACUGAGCUCCCUCGCGCUCCUCUCCUGCAUCUUCUUCUUCUCCUUCUGGUCGAUGGAGGAAAGCUCACCUGGCUUCCAGUUUCUCCGCGCCUCGAAAACAAGUCCCACCUUUUUACUUUCAAAUUGAAAAAUAGAGUUGCGUAUGAUUUACCUUUGGUGUGAUAGGGCAGAGCUGUAGAUAGUUUGUUGGGACCGGACAGGAGGCGCGUAGAGAGAGAGAGAGAGAUGGCCUCCAAAUGUCUCAUAGAGCCAAACGUCUGUCUGGAGGGAACUAAACUGUAUGGACUCCACUGCUGCUGCUACUGACUGGAGAGACAAGGAUACGCUGCACUAAGACAUUCUUUGUUACUCUUUGUAAAGGUUUGGGAAUAAGCACACCGUUUAGCUAUUUUGAAUUUAAACCUGGCAUUCUCUGUGUGUAUAUAUGUCUAUAAAUAUAAUAUUAGCUGAUAAAUGGGACCACUGGCUUGCUAAGCCCAAUGAUCCGGUGACGUCAUUCUGUGUUUUACUGUGGAGAUCUGGUCCAGAUGUGACCCACGCUCAGCACCGGCUACCCAGCAUGCUGUACUCACAGGUCAACUGUAGCUUUGCACUGACAGUCUGAUGUUUAACACACGGCCCACGUAGACACAUGAGGGCUUCAUAUAAUGACACAUACACAUUGCGAAGGGAUCUGCCUGGAUCCAGCAUCCAGCACUGUCACUUUACAAAUACUAUUUUAUCAUUGUAAAGCGUCUACAGGUGCCCUAUACAUAGAACUACUGAAUUUAAAGUUCCCUCAAGUCCUUAGAUCUCAUAUUCAUGUUUAAGAAUCUGUUUGAGUGUAUUAAUUGUUACUUAUUAAAGCCAAAAGUAUUUUUAGAAUAGGAGUAUAAACGAUUUGGACUUAAAAGUCUGCUUGUGUGCGUGUGUGUGUGUGUGUAUGUGUGUGUGCCACAGUCUCUAGGGUGAAGGCAAGAUAUGACUGCUACUGGGAAGACAUAAUCAUGAUUUAUUUAUGAAUUAAUUUAUUCAAGGAUCAUGUCUAACCACCAGUCUCAGCCCUUUGGACGGACACAGUGUAUUUACUGGAAUGUACAUUGUACUAAAUAUAAUCCAAGUACUGGAAACUGGCUUGAUGUUGUUUAUAUUUAAGAAUAGCGCUUUAUCAAUUAUACAUUUUGUAGAGUUUGGAAAGUUCUUGCAGGAUUUGCAUAUUAGUACAAACAAUGGGAGGUGAGGACCAUCCGUCUAUCCAAGGCUUGAACACCUGCUUGUCUUGAGCCAAAAUAAACCCUCGUUAACAGCAUGUGUUCAAAGUAAAUUGUAUUUUAAUUUGUACCUUGAAGGAUUCUUAUUGGCAACUGUCAUACUAAAUAGAGCUUUUAAUAUCCAGCCACUAGAGAGCGCUGUUGAGCUGUGUCGGUCCGUUACCAUGGAGAAGGCAGAGGGGGAGUAUCCCCAGGUAGUAAUUACAUUCUGAUACACACCGCUCGGUUUGCAUGCUUAAUUCAUUAUUCCGAUUAUUUUGUGUAUAAUUGAAUGCAUCUCCAAGAUCAACGUGUGUCUCUUGGAGGCUCAGCUAAUAACUGAGCAGUUCUAUUGACGUCUAUACUGUUAUUAGAAUGUAGGACUACAACAGUUACUGUUCAGUUGAUCACUGUCCUUUUAUGCUCAUGUCGCUGGAAUUGUUUGUAAAUCCUUAUUUUUUGUUGAUGACGACUUCUGGGCACAGUGAUGAAGAUGUUGGCCUCGUUCCCAGGGGUCCUCUAGCAAUAAACUGAUUUACAUAAGCAAACCACUUCUGCAUGUCUUUAUGGGUUUGUCACUGAACUGAUGAUUAGUUUCACAGCGAGGUAGAAAUAGUAAUAAAGUGAGCCACUGAAAUGAUUUAUCUACAACAACAAAAAUAAAAAACAGAAGUUCAAAAUUACUUUGAGCACAUUCUGUCUCCAAUAACUGUAUGUGUCAUUUUUUGUGGUAAAAUGGACAUCAUAUUGUGUAACAUUUCUACAGCCUCUACCGCUCAGCCUCAGCUAAAACAUACUU